AUGGCCAACAGGACCAACACCUCUGUCCCAUACACCAGCUAUGAAUAUUACCUGGAUUACUUAGACCUCAUUCCUGUGGACGAGAAGAAGCUGAAAGCCCACAAGCAUUCCAUCCUCAUUGCCUUUUGGGUGAGCCUGGUGACUUUCGUGGUGCUCCUCUUCCUCAUCCUGCUCUACAUGUCCUGGUCAGGCUCCCCGCAGAUGAGACACAGUCCCCAGCCCCACCAAAUAUGCCCAUGGAGUCACAGCCUCCACCUCCCCUUCUGCCUCCAGAGGGCCUCCAGGCAGGCAACAGAGGAACCAGGAAGGAGAACCAGCUCUGACCAAUGUUUACAGCAGGAGAGUCCCUCUGCCUCACCCCCUGCACCUCUGGCUCUCCCCUGGGACCAGGCUUGGGUCGGAGGUUCCCAGGGCAUCAGCUGA